CCAUAAACCGCUGGCCAAAACAGUGGCAAAAAGGGUAAAUAAUCUUAAAAGUAAUGAACAACCUCGUCCGUAACCUUCUUCGAAACAACAAAUCUCAGCCACACGAUCAAAAUCUCGAUCGCUUUAUAGAACCCUAAAGCCACACCAAACUCUCUCACUCACUAACUAUAUUCUUCACGCUCGACCUUGCUCUCUCGUUCUCAUCGUCAUCUCCAAUCUCUGAAAUGGCUGACAAGAAGAUUAGGAUCGGAAUCAACGGUUUCGGAAGAAUCGGGCGUUUGGUGGCGAGAGUGAUCCUUCAGAGGAACGAUGUUGAGCUCGUCGCUGUUAACGAUCCCUUCAUCACCACCGAGUACAUGACGUACAUGUUUAAGUAUGACAGUGUUCACGGGCAGUGGAAGCACAAUGAACUCAAGUUGAAGGAUGAGAAGACCCUUCUCUUCGGUGAGAAGCCAGUCACUGUUUUUGGCAUCAGGAACCCUGAGGAUAUCCCAUGGGGUGAGGCUGGAGCUGACUUUGUUGUUGAGUCUACUGGUGUCUUCACCGACAAGGACAAAGCUGCUGCUCACUUGAAGGGUGGUGCCAAGAAGGUUGUUAUCUCUGCCCCAAGCAAGGACGCUCCCAUGUUUGUUGUUGGUGUCAACGAGCACGAGUACAAGUCCGACCUUAAUAUUGUCUCCAACGCUAGUUGCACCACUAACUGCCUUGCUCCCCUUGCUAAGGUUAUCAACGACAGGUUUGGAAUUGUUGAGGGACUCAUGACUACCGUUCACUCUAUUACUGCUACUCAGAAGACAGUUGACGGUCCGUCAAUGAAGGACUGGAGAGGUGGAAGAGCCGCUUCCUUCAACAUCAUUCCCAGCAGUACCGGAGCUGCCAAAGCUGUCGGAAAAGUGCUUCCACAGCUCAACGGAAAGUUGACAGGAAUGUCCUUCCGUGUUCCCACCGUUGAUGUCUCAGUUGUUGACCUCACGGUUAGACUCGAGAAAGCCGCAACCUACGACGAUAUCAAGAAGGCUAUCAAGGAGGAAUCUGAGGGAAAGCUAAAAGGAAUCCUUGGUUACACAGAGGAUGAUGUUGUCUCAACUGACUUCGUUGGUGACAGCAGGUCGAGCAUUUUUGACGCAAAGGCUGGAAUUGCAUUGAGUGACAACUUCGUGAAACUUGUGUCGUGGUACGAUAACGAAUGGGGUUACAGUACCCGUGUGGUCGACUUGAUCAUCCACAUGUCCAAAGCCUAAAGAGCUGUAAGAGAAAAGAUGACCUGGAUCUCAAAUGAUAUAAUGAUUCGAAUAAAGUUUUAUCUGGCCAUGAUGGUGGUAAGUUUGUAGACCGUGUGUUUUUUUACUGAAAGCCUUUUGUUUGGCCUUUGAUAUAAUGAGUUACUCUAAAUGUUUUCAAUUCCAUGUGUUUGCAAAACGAAGAGUUCUUCUCUCUUCUCAUAUCCAAUGAAUCAAACAAUAAAUUCAUCUGUAAAA